AUGUCCAGCGAGGUUCCCGCUACCCCCGUCGACGAGACCGUCUACCAGGGCGCCAUCGGUAUCGGUACGUAUCCUGCACAGCGUCUCAGCACCAACCCAGCAUUUCGAAUCCGCACGCACCACUCGACCCAACAAAAGCACCAGCAUUUCGUCGUCUGCAUUCCAUUCGGCAGCCGAUGCUUUGCAAACCUUGGUACCACCUACUCGUGUGUCGGCUGGUGGGUCAACGAGCGUGUCGAGAUCAUCGCCAACGACCAGGGUAACCGCACCACCCCCUCGUACGUCGCUUUCACCGAGAGCGAGCGUCUCAUCGGCGAUGCCGCCAAGAACCAGGCUGCCAUGAACCCGCGCCAGACCGUCUUCGACGCCAAGCGUCUCAUCGGCCGCCGAUACGACGACCCCGACGUCAAGAAGGACAUGCAGCACUGGCCCUUCACCGUCAUCGACAAGGACGGCUCCCCCUUCAUCGAGGUCAACUACCUCGGCGAGACCAAGCAGUUCUCCCCCCAGGAGAUCUCCUCCAUGGUCCUCACCAAGAUGAAGGAGAUCGCCGAGGCAAAGAUCGGCAAGGAGGUCAAGAAGGCCGUCAUCACCGUCCCCGCCUACUUCAACGACUCGCAGCGUCUCGCCACCAAGGAUGCUGGUUCCAUCGCUGGUCUCGAUGUCCUCCGUAUCAUCAACGAGCCCACCGCUGCCGCCAUCGCCUACGGUCUCGACUCCAAGUCGUCGACCGAGAAGAACGUCCUCAUCUACGAUCUUGGUGGAGGUACCUUCGAUGUUUCGCUCCUCAACAUCACCGGCGGUGUCUUCGCCGUCAAGGCCACCGCUGGUGACACCCACCUUGGUGGUGAGGACUUCGACAACGCCCUCCUUGACCACUUCAAGAAGGAGUUUGAGCGCAAGAACAAGCUCGACAUCUCGGGCGACGCGCGUGCCGUGCGCCGUCUCCGCUCGGCCUGCGAGCGUGCCAAGCGCACCCUCUCGUCGGUCACCCAGACCACCGUCGAGGUCGACUCGCUCUUCCAGGGUGUCGACUUCCAGGCCAACAUCACCCGUGCCCGCUUCGAGGAGAUCAACGCCGCCGCCUUCAAGGGCACCAUCGAGCCCGUCGCCAAGGUGCUCAAGGACUCCAAGAUCCCCGCCGACAAGGUCGACGACAUCGUCCUCGUCGGUGGUUCCACCCGUAUCCCCAAGAUCCAGUCGCUCAUCUCCGAGUUCUUCGGUGGCCGCCAGCUCAACAAGUCGAUCAACCCCGACGAGGCUGUCGCCUACGGUGCCGCCGUCCAGGCCGCCGUGCUCACCAACCAGACCAGCGACAAGACCGCCGACCUGCUCCUGCUCGACGUUGCUCCGCUUUCGCUCGGUGUUGCCAUGCAGGGUGACGUGUUCGGUGUCGUCGUGCCCCGCAACACCCCCAUCCCGUGCAACAAGACUCGUGUCUUCACCACCGUCGAGGACAACCAGACCCAGGUCACCUUCCCCGUUUACGAGGGUGAGCGCACCCAGUGCAAGGACAACCGUCUGCUCGGCGAGUUCGAGCUGACCGGCAUCCCGCCCCAGCCCCGUGGCCAGGCCGAGCUGCUGACCACCUUCGAGAUCGACGCCAACGGUCUGCUCAAGGUCUCGGCCCAGGAGAAGAUCACCGGCCGCAAGGCCAACAUCACCAUCACCAACUCGGUGGGCCGCCUGAGCUCCAACGAGAUCGAGCAGAUGAUCAAGGACGCCGAGACCUUCUCCAAGGCCGACAAGGACUUCACCGCCAAGCACGAUGCCAAGAACGACCUCGAGGCGUACGUGCACUCGGUCGAGGAGACCAUCUCGAGCCCCGCUGCCAACCUCAAGCGCCCUGCCAAGAUCCAGAUCGAGCAGGAGCUCACCAAGGCCCUCGAGCUGCUCGAGGUGCAGGACGCUUCGGCCGACGAGUACCGCCGCGCCUCGCUCCGCCUCAAGCGCUCCAUGCAGAAGGCCUUCGGUGGUCGUUAA